AUGUCGCAUCCAGUGCAGAAGAGUGACGGGGAGUGGCAGGCACAGUUGAACCCAGGUAUGCACGGCAAAUCCCGCUUGAUACCCAUCAAGGUCAAGGGAAUCAUGUCCUUCAAAACGCGUACUGACACGUCCUCCCUAGAACAAUUCCGCGUCCUCCGCCAAAAGGGCACCGAGGCUCCUUUCAGCGGAAAAUACGACAAGCACUACCCCGAAGAAGGCGUCUACACCUGCGUUGGCUGCGAAGCACCUCUGUACAAGGCCGACCAGAAGUUCAAGUCUGGAUGUGGGUGGCCGGCGUUCUUUGAUACCGUGCCAGGAGCUGUGACGAGGCAUACAGACCGCACGUUUGGAAUGGAGAGGACAGAGAUUGUGUGCAGCAACUGUGGUGGGCAUCUGGGACACGUCUUCAAGGGUGAGGGAUAUCCUACACCAACAGACGAGAGGCAUUGCGUGAACAGCGUCAGUCUGAACUUCUCCAAGGGAGAUCCUGUGAAAGAGUCGAAAGCAUGA